UUUCCCUUAGCAUUGUGUUGUGGAUGUGUUUGUAUUUCUUGUAUUGACUAUCAUCUGAGCACAUUAAGGUGUCCUGUCGUUCUUUCAGCUUCUAGAGAAAAACAUUUGGAUGAUCAUUGGUGGCAGUGCCGGGGGCAUAGUGCUCGUCGCUGUAGUCUGCAUCGUCUCAAUCUGCUGCAUUAGGAAACAUCGCCAGAAGAAGACUGUUGAUAAUACGAAAGAGCCGCACGAAUAUUUUGAAAUUGAACCCCCUGGUGUGUUUUCUGUGGAAAGAGCUACAGAGUCCAAUGAUUACUAUGAAAUCAGGGACAACGAGCCCAGGCCAGUGACGGACCAUUACUACUCCAGUGCCGAUAGCUUAGAACGGCUCACACAGUCGGCGCAUGGGCCAAAUCCCUACGUUGCAUCCGGUUAUGAUCAUCUCCGUCUGAAGACCGACAAUGACUCCCCAGUGGCUCCAAACUAUGGACGUCUUGGCGCGACGACGUCAGACCUCAGAUACAACCGCCUGAAUGAAAACAGACAGGUUGUUUUUAAAAGUGAAUAUGACAGAACUUCUGUGGCUGUUUAACACAUAGUUUGAUAAAGGAAUUUUCGGAUCUUUAACACAAAUAUUUUGUUAAUAAAAUAUGUACUCGA